AUGAGUAAAUCAGCAGCAUUUCUUUGUAAGAAAAAAGCAGCAUUACAAUGGAUAGAGAAUGUAUUGGAUAUUAAAAUUGAUCAAAGUAAAGAUUUUGCACAGAUUUUAGAUGAUGGUGUAUUAUUAUGUAAAGUUAUGCAUACGAUUAGUCCAAGAUUAAUGCCAAGAAUUUCCAAUCCAGAUACAGCCAAUACACCAAAAACAACCAUUCGUUUCAAAUACAAUGAAAACAUAUCUUUCUUUAUUCAAGCAUGUGCUGAUAUGGGUGUACCACGUCAUAAAAGAUUCACAUUAUUAGAUAUCGUUAAUAAUCAAAUCACUUAUUCAAAUAUUAGAAGAGUAAUUGAAUGUUUAGAAUCUGUUUGUAAAAUUGCAAAUUCAGAUAGCAAUUAUGAUUUUUCAGUUGAAUGGCCACAACUUAAUGCAGAGGAAGAGAAAUUUUCAAAUGAUCAAAUUAAUCAUGCAGAACAAUUGUUAGCACAAUUUACAAUUAGAGAGAAUAAAAGACAAGAAGUAAUUAAAAAGAGUCAAACUCAAAAUGAGGGUAACUCUGUUGAAGAAACUAAAAAUCAAUUAUUCAAACAUAUCGCCGCACAAAAGCAACUUUAUCCUGAUAAUAGUCCUGUUUUAAGGGUAAAUAAUUUAAAUAAUAAUAAUUUAAAUAAUAAUAAUAAUAAUAAUUGUAGUAAUAGUGGUGGUAUUAUUAAUAAUAGUAUUAGUAAUAAUAAUAGUAAAAAUAAUAGUACACUAUCAUCACCCUCAUCAUCUUACUCUUCUUUAUCAUCUUCACCUCUUUUUUCAACUUCAUCAAUAUCUACCAACUCUAUGGAUGACUUUAUAAAGGAUGAGACUGUUAAUAGUGGAAACAAUAUAAAUAGUAAUAGUAGUUUAAGUGAUAGUUGCAAUAGUACUGGUAGUAUAAGAUAUAAUAAAAGUGAUCUUAAUAUUAAAAAUAAAAAUGUAGAUAAUAAUAAUAAUAAUAAUAAUAGUAGUAGUAGUAGUAGUAGUAGUAAUAAUAGUAGUUAUAUUAGUAGUAAUAGUAGUAAUAAUAAUAAUAAUAAUAAUAAUAAAAAUAAUAAUAGUUUGGGGGAAUUUUCAUUUAAAGAUAUAUUAAAAAAAUGGAAAGAACCUUCUUUUUUUAAUAGUACAAAAUAUAAUAAUAACAACAAUAAUAAUAAUAAUAAUAAUAAUAGUAACAGUCAUAAUAAUAAUAAUAAUAAUAAUAAUAAUAAUAAUAAUAAUAAUAAUAAUAAUAAUAAUAAUAAUAAUAAUAAUAAUAAUAGUAAUAAUAGUGUUUUUAAUAAUAAUACCAGUAAAUCAAAAUCAGUAUUUAUAUCAUCAAAUGGGACAUCAUAUAAUAGCCCAUAUUGUACAAUAAAAUUCAAACCAAAUAAAAAUAAUGAUAAUUAUAAUAAUAAUAAUAAUAAUAACAACAGCAACCCUACUCAACAAGCACAAUCACCCCCAAAAACAUUGGAUCAAUGGAAAUAUUCAAGUACAACUCACUAUAAUAGCGCAAAUAGUAAUAACUUGAUUUCUAGAAAUCGUAGUGUCAGCAGUAGUGCCGGAAGUAUAAAUAAUACAAGUUUAAAUCAUUUUAGUAGUAGUUAUGGUGAUAUUAGUGAAAGUUUAAAAGAUAAUAAUAAAAAUAAUAACAGUGAUAAUAAUAAUAAUAAUAAUAAUAAUAAUAACAAUAGUAAUAGUACUAGUAAUAGUAAUAAUUAUGAUAAUCCUAAAAGUAACACAACUAAAAAAGAUAAUAGCAUCAAUGAAAUCAAUAAAGAAGAGGUAGUUGAUAAAGUUGAAAUCAAUGAUGAUGAUGUUGAUAAUUCACCAAAAUCUGAUAGAAAUAGUUUAUCACAACCAGCAUCACCAAUUAUUACUGGUUAUGUAAAGGGUACUUCAGCACCAGAUCAAGUAUCAUUAAAUAAUUCACCAGCAACUUCACCAGUUGUUAAAUCUUCUGAUACUGCUUCACCAACUAAAUCAACUGUAGUUUCAACUGCAACUGUAACACCAUCAACAACAACUACAACAACAACAACUACUACUACCUCCACCAGUUCCGUAAAUGCAACAUCAACAUCAACAUCAACAUCAACACCAACACCAACACCAACACCAACAACUACUGUACAACAACCAACACCAACAACAAAUGUAACAACACCAACACCAACAACAACAACAACAACAACAACUAAAACAACAACAAAAUUAUCAUUAGAAGAAAGAGCAGCAAUUAGAAUUCAAAGAGCAACAAGAGCAUGGAUUGAAAGAAAUAGAAAGAAAAUUCAAGCACGUGAUUCAGCUUAUAGAGAAAGAAUUGUACAAGAGAUUAUGAAAACAGAAGUUGAAUAUAUUAAUCGUUUAGCAUUUCUUCAUGAUCAUAUUUUAAAGGAUCUUAGAGAAGCCAUUGAAAAGGGAUCACCAAUUAUUUCACAAGAGGAAGUUCAAUCUAUUUUUAGUGAAGUAUCAAUUAUCUUGUCAUACAAUAAACGUUUAUUGAUCGAUUUAGAGGGUAGAACUAAAGACUGGAAAGUGGAUACAUUGAUUGGUGAUAUCUUUAUAAAGUUUUCCAAUUUCCUAAAGAUCUACUCUCAAUAUAGUAGAAGUUAUAGCGAAGCGAUGGGUGUACUAAAUGAAUGUAAGAAACAAACCAAAUUCAAAUCCUAUUUGAACAAAGUUAAGGAAUCAAACGAAGAGAUCAAGUUACGUGGUUUGGAGGAUUACUUAAUUAGACCCAUUCAACGUAUUCCAAGAUACUCAUUAUUGAUCAAAGAUAUGAUUGGUCAUACUUGGCCAACACAUCCAGACUAUGAACAAUUGAAAAUCGCCUUUGAAAAGAUUAAUAGUGUCGCAGAGAAUAUGAAUGAAAUGAGAAAGGAGGCUGAAAGUAUCAUGAAGUUGGCAGAGAUUCAAGAGAAAUUAGAUGGUGAUCAAACUCAACAACUCGCUAAAUCUCAUAGACGUUUCAUUAAGGAAGGUGAAUUUCAUGAGGUACUACCAAAGGGAAAGAAAAGUUUAAUCGUACUCUAUCUCUUUAAUGAUAGUUUGGCAAUCACUCGUCCAAAUAAAUCAAGUGGUUCCUCUUUCUUUGGUAAACAAAAAACAAUUCGUCUUCAAUUCGAACAAAUCAUUUUCCUUCAUCAAUUGGUGCUAAAAGAGUUUGAAGGUUCAUUAAAUCUUCAAAUUCUAAAAGAAAAAUCAUUCUCUAUGAUGAUUACUGCCCCCGAUAAAGAUACUCUCUCCGAAUGGAUUAAAGCAAUUAACAUUGAAAAAGUAGAAUAUCAAAAGACCCUAAGUGAUCAUAACGAUAGACAAAUGAGUCAUGUCGUUGAAAAAGCUGAACAAACUAAACAAAAAAUUGAAGAGAAAUUCACUCGUUCCUCUGGUCAAUACAAUACCAAGGAUGUUGAAUCAAUAGGUGGUAAUGAAAAUCAUGCCUCCCAUGGUAGUAACAAUAGUUUAUCCGGUAGUAAUGGUGGUAAUUCCUCUGAAGAAUUAUCAAAUUCACUUGGUGAUAUGAAAUCUGGUAAAAUGUCUUUACGUGAAAGAAGAGUUAAAUUGGCUCAAGAAUCAAAAACAAAAAGAUUAUCUGGUACAAGUUCUUCAUUUACAAAUUUAAAUGAUCAAAAUUUAAAAGAUUCAAAAUAA